CAAGCUAGGAGCUAACAUCAAAUCACACAACUCUUUAUACAGUUUUUUUUAUAAAGCACAAGUGUAUAAGUUUUUUGUAAAAUUUUUGUAGAACUACAUCGAAACAAAUGCGCCAAACCCGUCGAGGAAAGGGUUCUUUUCGUGGAAAUUAAUUGGGCAAUUUUCCGUGCUGCAAAAUCAAAAAAAUAAGGACUAUGCGCUAUAUUUUGACAAAUUAAACAAGUUACAACUUUGGUUCAAUUGGUUUUCUAGAAGUUUGGUUUACUAUUAUAUUGAACAUUCAGGAUUAUUUUAGAGUUGCUCCACUCUAGGAGUAAAAGGAGACAGGAUCAGCAGCUUAACAUUUAAAUAUUUAUAUUUAAUUAUAUUCAGCAGGAACUAUUUAGGAAGUACUGGUUAGGUGAUAAAUUAUAGUACAGCACAGUUGUUAAAUUAAAGUACAGUCACUACAAAACGCUGUGAUGGAGUCCUGUUGCACUACAAAUGCAACCGUGCCAACUGUGACGGACUCGGAGAAACUUUUAAGUGUUAGAGAGCGGGUUUUACUAUUAGAACAACAGAUGCAACAAAACCAGGAAGCCUUAAAAACUGUGUUAAAAGGGAAAAGUGUAAAGUUGAACAGCGGCUUAAUUAAAGCCAUAGCGUCACUAUAUGUAAAAAGUAAUCUGAGUGAGAUUCCAUACCCAACUAAGAAGACUGAAAAAACUUCAGAUGGAGGAAUUCCCAAAGAAUCUGAAAAGAGUGUUAAGGACCAACUAGAUGAUUCCAAACAGGCAGGUGACAAAUGUGACGACAGUGAGACAAAGGUGGCCCAGAAGAAAACUUUCAUAUUGACUGCCAGCAGGAUUCCCAUGCCUAAAAAGCGUGGUAAGGAUUGCAACGCCAGGGGUGAUAUGCCGACGGAGCAACCCAAUGGGCAACCCAAGGAGCAAUUGAAGGAGCCACCCAAGAGGCAACCAAAUGAUCAUCCGAAGAAAAAACCUAAGGAGAAACCUAGGGAGAAGGCGAAUCCAAAACCAAAGCCCAAGCCAAGAGUUAAGGCAUUGGAGAUAGGUCAGAGGUUUAUGGAGCAGACAAAGGAGAAGCGAAAUGAGAAGCUUAUCGAGAAGCGAAAGAGGGAGCUAAUUCUCAACUAAGGAUCGCCAGUGCUCCAUUCAAUGCUCAGCUCAAUGGAAGUUGCUUCACGGCAGGACGACCGCGAUAAGUCUUGUCCCAGGACUUAUAAUGCUGAGUUGGCCUUCCUCCAAAAUUAUCAGUAUAAGCGUUACAUUAGGUUUUUAUCUUUGGCUACUCAAUGGGUACAAAUUUAUAAUUUCUACUUAUAAAUUUAUAACAGUGUACUGUUUUAAAUCGCAAUUGGCUUGUCAUAUUUUAUUAAAAUACAAUUACAUGCCAAUUA